UUAUUAAAAAUAGUCACUUUUUAUACAGAAGGGAUAUUUUAGUAGAUAUAACUUUAUAUUUCUAAUAGUUAUAAAUGGACUACAAAGUACAUUGGAUAAGUGUAUGCUUAUUGUAUGGCGUUGUGCACCACAACAAUGCUUACAUGUAUGAGGGCUAUGAUGUAUACAGGCGUCCUGAAACACAUGAUGUAACAAGUGUACCUGGAUUAGAAUUCCUACCACCUUAUUAUAGCAAUUAUGGAUCAGGAGAAAACAAUCAAAUCAUUCUUAGAUGUAAAGUACGCAGUGAUGUACAACCUAACUUUAUGUGGGAGAAGAUAGAUAGCAUAACAUCUGAGAAAAUCACAAUCAACGUAAUUGGGAAUAGCAGAUAUUCGAUAGGAUUAAGAAAAUGGCCAGAUCAGCAAUAUACGAGUAAACUUUUGAUAAGAAAUACGGAAGCUUCAGACUCUGGAAUUUUUAAAUGUCGUGUUGAUGCCGGAGGAACAAAAGUUUUAGAAAGACAAUUUAAAGUUUCUGUUCAAGAAUCAGUAUUAAGCACCACUAGACUGGAAUCAUAUACACAGGAAGGAGAAGGACUUGUUGAAGUUCUCCAAGAAAACAAAUGGAAUCGGUUUGACUUCCGGGGUUUCAGUACAAUAGAGGCAUCAUUGGUGUGUAGAUCACUUGGAUAUCCGUAUGGAGGAGUACCACGCAAUCGCUUGAUAGAUGACAAACCUGUGUUUGAAACUCUACUUACUUCAAGACGAAAUCGACAUCGUAUGUGUAUAUUUGGACUCCGGUGCUCUCCGAAUGCAACAGAUAUAAGUCAGUGCGACUGCCCGGAACCGAAGACCGACUGUAUGUUUCUGGUUGGAGUAACGUGUAGAUUACAACCUAUAGAAAUUCCAGAUGUACCAGUUCGAUUGACAGUGAAAAUACCAGGCAUGGAUCUCAAGAAUUUACGCGAAGGGGUUGUUGAAGUGUUUUUCAAUGGCCACUGGGGAUUUGUGUGCUUCAACGGAAGUAACGGGCCAGCAGAAGUCAAUGCACUUUGUCACACACUUGGUUUCAGGUUUGGAGGUCUGAGUUAUAAAAAACAAUAUGUUUACCUUUCCAAUAAUUCAUUGGACAUGACGAGAGAGUACUUACAAAACAUCACAUGUCCCGAGAACGCAAUGCAUUUUGAUGAAUGUAGGCAUACAGAUUGGGGAGAAAGAUGUGAGGCAACAUCGUGUGGAUGUGAUCUUGGAGUUUCUAUGGCAUUGGCUAUAAGAUGUUGGACCGAUAUGGAAAUGAGUAUGAAUCCAGAAGUACGUGUACGACUAGCAGGAUCGAAUACAGAAAACGAAGGAAGGGUUGAACUAUACAACAACAACAUUUGGGGAACUUUGGCAGACACAUCGAUUGGAAAUCCGGAAGCAGACGUGUUUUGUAGAAUGAUGGGUUAUAGGUAUGGAGGUGUUCCCAAAUAUAAUUUCCCCCCUGGAAAAGGACAAAUGUGGAUAGACGACAUUACAUGUCCUCCGAAUGCCGACGAUUUACAGGAGUGUAGUUUUGAGUGGGAAAGUGGGACAGUAUGGUCUAUGAGUGCAGUGGGGGUGAAGUGUAGGACAGAACCCAUUGAAGGAUAA